CCCCUUCAAAACCUCAAAAACCCAUCACCACAUUCAAUUGUGUUUUGUAUUUGGUCUAGGAGGUCAUCUUUGUUGGUGAUCAUAAUCCCCUUUCUUCACUUCUCGUCAUUCCUUGAUUGAAAUUGUCAAACGCUUUUUUUACCUCCCUUCUCUCUCAGCUUUCCGCAUUCGGCAACAGCUCACCGCGUAAGGAGAGUCGCGCGACCUACUUCGACCAACUUUUUCUCCCAACUUCCGAUUCUCUCGACAGAACAACCCUUCUCUUUGGCUUUACGCCCCUAUCACGAACCUUCGCGGCUUCCUCUCGCAUUUGCGCAUACGCCUCUCCCUUUUUUUAAAGAUGUCGGCUUCACCAAUCGACCAGAUCCUCGGGGCCAUCCAGCGCCCGACGAUCGACCGCCCCUUCGGCGUCCACCUCUGGCCCAUCUUCGACAAGGCCUUCACGGCCAUCAAGGGAUACCACCCCGAGGACUUCGACUUCCAGCCCCAUGUCACUCCCAUGUCGACCCUGAAGGAGACCGCUGCGCUGAUCUUCACAUACUACGUUGUAAUUUUCGGCGGCCGCGAGCUGAUGCGCAACCGCCCGGCAUUUAAGCUCAAUGGACCCUUUAUGAUACACAACCUCUACCUCACUGCGAUCAGUGGCAUACUGCUGGCCCUCUUCGCCGAGGAGCUGAUCCCAACCCUGUACAACAAGGGCCUUUUCUUUGCCAUCUGCGACGUCAAGGGUGGAUGGACUAACCACCUGGUUAUCCUGUAUUAUCUUAACUACCUCACCAAGUACCUCGAAUUGAUCGAUACCGUCUUCCUGGUCCUGAAGAAGAAGCCAUUAACCUUCCUCCACUGCUACCACCACGGCGCCACCGCUCUCCUCUGCUACACCCAGCUCAUCGGCCUCACCUCCGUCUCCUGGGUCCCGAUCACCCUCAACCUGAUGGUUCACGUCGUCAUGUACUGGUACUACUUCCAGAGCGCCCGUGGCAUCCGCAUCUGGUGGAAGGAGUGGAUCACCCGUCUCCAGAUCAUCCAGUUCGUCAUUGAUCUCGUCUUCGUCUACUUCGCCUCCUACACCUACUUCACCUCCACCUACUUCAAGUGGAUGCCCAACGCCGGCCAAUGUGCAGGCGAGGAAUUCGCCGCCUUCGCCGGCAUGGGCAUCAUCUCCUCCUACCUCCUCCUCUUCAUCUCCUUCUACAUCGCCACCUACAAGAAGGACGGCAAGCGCCCCACCGGCCGCAAGGCCGCCCGCUCCCUCAAGGACGCCGAGCUCCCAGACAUCGCAGCCAUUACCCAGGGCAAGAUCCAGCCCGCCAAUAAGGCUAACGGAAACGCGACCCCUGGUCGCGUCACUCGCUCGAGGAAGGCUUAGAAGGCGCGUAAUUGGUUUUGUAUCAAUUGCGUUGCUGCGCGGAGGACUAAGCUGGAGUUGAAGUGAAGUGAAGUGAGAACGGGAGAACUUGGCGAAACUUGCAGGAACGCCCUCUUUUGGCUUCGUGCUUUUAUUUUGGAGGGGAAGUUACCUGGGGGUUCCCGCCGAUGUUGUUCUCUGUGGUGUUAUAUGAGUACGGGUAUGAAUAGAGAGGAGCUGGCUGUCCGUAUACGUGGCGUCGGUGGGGAUGUUAAAAGGGGAGCGCAUGCAUGGGAACAUGGAGCGGGCGGACAUGGGCGGGCGUGUUGGACGUCGGGUGUGGUGGACGUUUGAAUGUAUCAGUGGUGGUGGUGUGGGUGUGGGUGUAAUGCCGGGGUUAAAGGGGCCUAGAUAGAUUAUGAUGAAUUAUUAUUAAUUGAUUCUUGUGUUUUUUUG